CAGUUCCCUUCCUGCUCCACCUUCCCCAGGAGGGAAUCUGUCUUUUGAAUUUGUGCCCCCAGCCUUGAUUUACACUGCAUUGGUUGGCUAAUCUGCAGAAAAGAGUUUCUCUGGAUUUUUUUUUUUUUUUUUGCUGUGCCUCUGGAAAGGAGACAGGCAUGAGAGAGACCCAUCAUCUCUAAGCGCAACUUAUUUGAAGGAGAGAAGUAAGGUUGAAACCUGGACAUGAGACAUUUUUUGAAGGUUUAAGCAGUUAAAGGAGGAGAGGAAGAGUGGAGUGAGGCUUGAGCUUCAAUAAGGCUGUCCUGUAGCCUGGGAAAGAAAAUGGCUGACAAGCAAAGGAUUCUGGGAGGCCAGGCUGCUCUGGAUGAAGAGCAAAUGGAUGAGGAGGACCUGGGAGGCUUGGAACAAAUGGAGGGAUCAGGAAGAGCCAGGAAAGCACCUCAUGACAUCCUCCAUCCUGGGGGCAUCAGGAGACUCUUGAAAAAGAUAAUGGUCCCACAGGUUAAAGAGGAAACUGAGGAGGAGCUGCUCCAGAGCCAGGAAUCUGAGUGGCAGGAGUCUCUCAAGGGAAAGAAGGCCCCUCUCUCAAGCUGGAGCAACCCAGAGCCAAUGGAUCCCACCAUGCCGUGGGGAGAUAUCAAGGCCUUCCUGGCCCACUUUGAAGGAGCUAAUCAGGCCAGCCAGUGGGCUGCCCGCCUUGGAGAAGUUUCAGAGGGCAGCCCUGACACCCAACAGAAUUACGGGAAGAUGAAGGCGGCCAUCUUGCGUGGGGAGGCUAGCUGCAGGGAGUGGCAGCGCCAGCGUUUCAGGCUCUUCUGCUAUGAGGAAGCCGAGGGGCCCCGAGAGGUUUGCAGGCAGCUCCAGGAUUUCUGCCACCAGUGGCUGAAGCCAGACAAGCGCACGAAGGAGCAGAUCCUGGAGCUGGUGAUUCUGGAGCAGUUCCUGGCUGUCCUGCCCCCGGAGAUGCAGGGCUGGGUGAAGGAAAGUGGCCCAGAGACUUGCAGACAGGCGGUGGCCCUGGCGGAGGUGUUCCUGUUGAGGCAGCAAGAGGGUGAUAGCCAGGAAGAGGAGGUCUUGGGGCUGUUUGAGGAAGGAGCUGAGGAUUCCCCCAAGGACGAGCAGAUUCUGCUGGAUUCCAAGCAGAAGCAGCUGGACAAUCAAAUCGAGGAAGAGAACCGCCCAGACGAUGGAAGUAUCCAUGGUGACAGUGAGGGACCUAGUGAAAAUGAAGCUUCUGUGGGAAAUCUAAAGCAAGCAGCGAUCCACGGGGCGCUGCUUGGAAGAGCAAAAAGUGUUUCCUGGCAUUCCAAGCCAGGGCAAGCUUCCAAGAACCAGCACGUGAGGAAGAGGAAACAGCCCAGCCAAGAAAUCAGCCCAGCCAAGCAAGCAGGUGCCCUUGCCCUGGGAGGAGGUGGGGGUGGUAACGAUGUCACCCCAGGGAGGCCUUCAUUUCAGAGCUCAGAGCCUUGUGAGGAGGACAGGAACGAUUCUGGUGAUGGCACUGACUUCUUAAUCGAUGCUGAGGGCAAACCCCACAAACGCUCAGAGCCAGCUGGUCAGACUGGUGGCUGUAUUAAGCAUCCUGGAGGAGCUCAUGCGGCAAGCGAGAAGACCAGUAGCUCUCUGAGCUGCGGGAAAAGCUUGAACCCAGUUGAGCAGGAGCAAAGGCAUGUAGGGGAAGAAGAUGCUCAGACUCGCGGAUGCUCAGACUGCAGGGAAAACCUUGACGGGGGCUUGGCUCUUGUUAAGCAUGAAAGAAUCCCUCCAGGAGAGAAGCGUUACGGGUGCUUAACUUGUGGGGAAAGGUUCAGCCUCUAUUCGAGCCUCAUGAAACACGAGCGCACUCACACCGGAGAGGAGUCGUUCGUGCCUUUGGAAGCCGGGAAGCGAUUCUGCCGGAGUGGCAGCCUUCCCACCGGGGAUGAGAAAACCCUGGCGGCAGAGAAGCCAUACAAGUGCCCAACCUGCGGGAAGAGCUUCAGUAAGAGUUCGGGCCUUCGUUUCCACAAGAGAAUCCACACCGGGGAGCGGCCGUACGCAUGCGCAGACUGUGGGAAAAGCUUCAGCCAGAGGUCCAACCUUAUCCUGCACGAGAGAACCCACACCGGGGUGAAGCCUUUCCGGUGCUCCGACUGCGGAAAGAGCUUCCUCCGCAGCUCGGACCUCGUGAGGCAUGAAAUCAUCCACACAGGAGAGAAGCCGUACACAUGUGCCGAGUGUGGCAGGUCCUUUGGCCACAACUCGACGCUCAUCGCACAUGAGAGAACUCACACAGGUGAGAAACCUUAUAAGUGCUCGAUCUGCGGAAGGAGCUUUAGGCACCACUCGGGCCUUAUCAAACACGAGAGGACCCACACUGGAGAGCGGCCGUACGCCUGCCCAGCCUGCGGGAAAGGUUUCAGUCAGAGCUCAGGCCUCACACUACAUAUGAGGACCCACACGGGGGAGAAGCCUUACCAGUGCUCGGCCUGCGGGAAGAGCUACAGUCAGAGGUCAAAACUGACAAACCACCAGCGAACCCAUGUGGGCGACAAGCCAUACAAAUGCUCGGACUGUGGGAAGGGCUUCACCCGCAGCUCGAACCUUAUUAAUCAUCAGAGAACCCACACAGGAGAGAAGCCAUAUACAUGCUUGGACUGUGGAGAGAGCUUUUCCCGAAGUUCACAGCUCAUCAGCCACCGGCGAAUCCAUACAGGCGAGAAGCCUUACCAGUGUCCCGAGUGUCAGAAAUCCUUCAGUUUGCGCUCACUCCUUAUUAGGCAUCAGAAAAUCCACACAGGGGAGAAACCAUACCAAUGUGCCGAGUGCGGGAAACGGUUCAUCGAGAGCUCCGAACUCAUUACACACGAGAGGACCCACACGGGUGAAAAGCCAUACAAGUGCAGCAUUUGUGGGAUCAGCUUCUGCCAGAGCUCAAACCUUCUGGCACACACCCGAACCCAUACUGGGGAAAAACCCUACCAAUGCGCAAGCUGUGGGAAGAGUUUCAGUCGGAGUUCGAACCUCAUUGUGCAUGAGAGGACACACACAGGCGAAAAGCCGUAUGAAUGUUCCUACUGUGGGAAAGGCUUCAGCCAAAACUCUCGCCUUAUUAGUCACAAGAGAAUCCACACUAGAGAGACUGUGUGAAAAGCCUCAGGAACUGUUUCUGUGGCUGGCUCUUGACAUGGUGAGAUCUUCACACAUGAAAGCAAAGCCAUGCACGCUUCUGACAAAUGAAAAAACAAACCUAGAUUGAGAAUGUCAGCUUCAUUAAAUACAAGAAUAUCCAUGUAGGUGGGGAACCUGUGGCCCUCCAGAAGUAGCUGAACUACAACUCCCAUCAUCCCUGGUCACCGGCCAUGCUGGCUGAGGCUGAUGGGAGUUGUAGUCCAGCAACACCUGAGCUAUGGGUUCAUGAGUUAGCUACCCCUCAUGCAGAAGGAAGAAUUUUCACUCUGUUGCAAGAAGGAGUAGGGUAGGGAAGGGAACCUGUUGCUGCAGCUAAGCAGGGGUAUAUCUAAUCAGUUCCUCAGAAGGAAGACUAUAUUAAACCCCAUUUAAAAGUAGAACAUAAAGGUGUUGUAUCCAACAUAGCUCACAGCCACAGUUCUGUCAGCGCAAGGAAUUCCAUGAGUGCAACUGGACUUCCCCUUUUCCUCCCCCAGUGUCCCCUCCCCCCGGGUAUGUUUUCCUUACAUGCUUCAGGACGUAGCCCCGUUACUUUUUUUGCAGCCGGCCGCCUUCUUGAGUCCCUCUGUCUGUCCCUACAGCAAAUGAAGCCACCACAAUUCCCAAACGCAGAGUGUGUGCUUGUGUUUAACACCCUUUCCUCUUGCCUUAGGAGAGAAUCCAGCAAGGCCAGGAGUCACUACAGCUCAUCAGCAGUCAGUAUGAAUCUCCUUGCGUGCUAAUUGGCUCCCACCAUCUACUGCUGUGGGGAGGAGAGAAGCAUGAGGAGGGAGAGAGUCAACACAAGUUAAGAGAGGGAAGUUUCCUGAGAAGAGGGGGGUCGGCCAAGCCUGAUUUAAGAGUGGGUUUGCAUCAGAAUCUUGCUAAAACUAAGGGCUUUCAAACAGUGCCACGCAGACCCAUGGCAGCCAACGCAGAGGAUGGGUGAAGACAGCCACACUGUGGGGCAGGGAGGAUGGGGCUAAGAGUGAGCCAAAGCAGCAUUUUCUCACAGAGAAGGGGGACGAAGGGCUAAGAAGGGUGGGGGUGUUUUAUAGACAUCAUUGGGCGAGACAGAACUUCUCCCACCUGAUCUACAAAAUAGGUUUCUUCCCCUUGUAAAAUACAGGCAGCCUCAUUCUUCUUAGCCCUUUGCUCUUUUUGUCUCCCCCCCCAUGAGUCUCUCUCCCACCUCCCCCACUUUCUCACAGACAAUCUGCAAAACGCACAAUCAAGGGGAGAACUGCUUUACAAGCAAUCCCCCUUGUAUUUUACAGGCAGCCUUCCCCCUUUCUUCAGCCUUAUUUGUGACCCACUCUUGGAUGUGGGCCAAUAAAUUGAGGCUGAAUCCUGAAAAGACAGAGGUGUUAUUUGUCCAGAGUUCUCAUGUCGAGGAGAUGGGGAGACGGUCCGUUCUGGAUGCUCUUUCCUUGAAGGAGCAGGUCUGCAGUCUGAGGGUGCUCCUUGAUACCAUACUGCCACUGGAGAUUCAGGUGGCCUCAGUGGCUAGAAGUGCCUUUGUUCCAGCUCUGGCUAGUUCACCAGCAUCAGCCCCUUUUGGACUGAGAAGACUUGGCCACAGUGCUCCAUGCUCUGGUAACUUCCAGACUGAAUUAUUGCAAUGUGCUCUACAUGGGGCUGCCCUUGAAGAUGACUUAGAAACUUCAACUGGUCCAAAAUGGAGCAGCCAGAUUUCUGGCUGGGGUUCCCUUUAGAACUCAUAUUUAUGCUUUAAUUUGGAUUCCUGCAUUGAGCAGGGGGUUCGACUCGAUGGCCUUAUAGGCCCCUUUCAACUCUAUGAUUCUAUGAACCCCUGUUUUAAAACAGCUUUAAAACAGUCAGUUUGUUUCUGGGCCCAGUUCAAGGUGCUCAUGUUAGCGUUUAAAGCCCUAAACGACUUAUGUCCCAAAUAUCUGAAAGACCGCCUCCUCCCCUACAGACCUUCUCGGGUGUUGACAUCAGCAGAGGGGGCCCUUUUGAUGGUCCCGCCACCCUCAGAAGUUGCGGGGUGGGGGUGGCCUGGGAAAGGGCAGCCUCUGUGGCAUCCCCUAACCCAGCCUUUCCCAACCGGUGGGCCUCCAGAUGUUGUUGGACCACAAUUCCCAUCAGCCUCAGCCAUUGAGCCAUUGAGCAGAGAGUAGGAAUAAACGGACAGUUCUCCCAAUGGAGGGCUGUAGAAAGUGGAGUCCCUCAAGGAUCGGUAUUGGGACCUGUACUUUUCAACUUGUUCAUUAAUGACCUAGAAUUAGGAGUGAGCAGUGAAGUGGCCAAGUUUGCUGACGACACUAAAUUGUUCAGGGUUGUUAAAACAAGAAGGGAUUGCGAAGAGCUCCAAAAAGACCUCUCCAAACUGAGUGAAUGGGCGGAAAAAUGGCAAAUGCAAUUCAAUAUAAACAAGUGUAAAAUUAUGCAUAUUGGAGCAAAAAAUCUUAAUUUCACAUAUACGCUCAUGGGGUCUGAACUGGCGGUGACCAACCAGGAGAGAGACCUCGGGGUUGUGGUGGACAGCACGAUGAAAAUGUCGACCCAGUGUGUGGCAGCUGUGAAAAAGGCAAAUUCCAUGCUAGCAAUAAUUAGGAAAGGUAUUGAAAAUAAAACAGCCGAUAUCAUAAUGCCGUUGUAUAAAUCUAUGGUGUGACCGCAUUUGGAAUACUGUGUACAGUUCUGGUCGCCUCAUCUCAGAAAGGAUAUUAUAGAGUUGGAAAAGGUUCAGAAGAGGGCAACCAGAAUGAUCAAGGGGAUGGAGCGACUCCCUUACGAGGAAAGGUUGCAGCAUUUGGGGCUUUUUAGUUUAGAGAAAAGGCGGGUCAGAGGAGACAUGAUAGAAGUGUAUAAAAUUAUGCAUGGCACUGAGAAAGUGGAUAGAGAAAAGUUCUUCUCCCUCUCUCAUAAUACUAGAACUCGUGGACAUUCAAAGAAGCUGAAUGUUGGAAGAUUCAAGACAGACAAAAGGAAGUACUUCUUUACUCAGCGCAUAGUUAAACUAUGGAAUUUGCUCCCACAAGAUGCAGUAAUGGCCACCAGCUUGGAUGGCUUUAAAAGAAGAUUAGACAAAUUCAUGGAGGACAGGGCUAUCAAUGGCUACUAGCCAUGAUGGCUGUGCUCUGCCACCCUAGUCAGAGGCAGCAUGCUUCUGAAAACCAGUUGCCGGAAGCCUCAGGAGGGGAGAGUGUUCUUGCACUCGGGUCCUGCUUGUGGGCUUCCCCCAGGCACCUGGUUGGCCACUGUGAGAACAGGAUGCUGGACUAGAUGGGCCACUGGCCUGAUCCAGCAGGCUCUUCUUACGUUCUUAUGUUCUUAUUGGCAGUGCUGGCUGAGGCUGAUGGGAGGUUGUGGUCCAACAACAUCUGGAGGCCCACCGGUUGGGAAAGGCUGCCCUAAGCUAUUUAACUCCCCACCGAGGUGCGUCUGCCAACUCCAUUGUACAACUUUUGGUGAAUGCUGAAGAUGCACCUCUUUGACACCUGAGGUGUAUAUUUUUAGGACCCACCCUAUUUUCUGUGAUGUUGUUUAGGUGGUUUUUAACUGUUUUUAAUUAUGUGUUUUUAAAUUGUUGUAACCCAUCCUGGGACCUUUGAGUGAAGGGUGGGUGAUGAUGAUGAUGAUAAUAAUAAUAGUAAUAAUAAUAAUAAUAAUGCAUUAAUUGAAUAUCGCCUAAGGCUAAUAAAUAUUAAAAACAGAAGGACAAUUCUCAAAACUGCAGGCCUCAGCAUCACAUACAUUUCCUGUCCCCCCCUUAACCUGAAACUUCUUAAAGUAUGGAUAUUUUGGUAUCGUAUUUAACCAAGCGCCUGGUCACCAUAGGUGACAGAAAAUUCCAUGCAGGCGAGUAAGUGGGUGGCAGAGGAGGGGUGAUGCACUCCAUCCCUCCUCUACCAGUCUGCUCAGUUUCUGAGUUGGUUGCAAAAGAAAAAAAUACCCAUCCCUCCAACCUGUCCCCAUUUGACCAGCCUGUUUGAUAGAAAGCUUUUUCAAAAAAAUUGUUAGAAAUCUAGUUUUCUGUGGUGGCCACAGAGAGUGGGGUGGGGAUGAGGGCUUCUCCUUCUCUAUAGAAAGCAUGGGAAUGCAGGCUACUAGCCUUUUAGCUGGCUAGUGGGAAACAACAACACUGCAACUUUUGUGGGCGUAGUUUUAGGGCUGGGUUACCUGUACCUGCCUCAAUUGUCAGCACGUGACUAUCUGAAAAUAUGGGACAAAAAUAUAGGAAGUAAAUGAAUGACUCAAAUAUAUAUGCAGAAUAUCUGGUUUAGUGUAAAUUUAUGUGGUUCCGUUUUCUCUUUUUUACAAAAAAGUUUUUGGUGUUUUUUUUUUACAAAAAAGUUUUAUCUCUGGCCACAUCCUCACCAUACAUUUGAACCACUGUUAUACCACUUUACACAGCCAUGGCUUCCCCCAAAGAAUCCUGGGAGUUUGUGAAGGUUGCUGAGAGUUAGGAGGAGAAACUCUAUUUGUGGUAUGUGAAGGGGGUUAAUUUUUUUCUGCACUUUGGCUAGUUUGACUUCCUCUGGUCUCGAAGCCUCCUAGAAACCCCUGCAAAAAGGAGGAAGGAGCUGCCAGACCAGUCAAUAAAUGUGUCUCCCCCCCCUUAACAUGGCUCCUGUGUGUCUUUUAUUAUUUAGCAGCUGCAAGACAGAUUUGCCUCAACCAUGGACAUAAGAGCCCUGUUGGAUCAGACCAAAGACCUGUAAGUUGUGCUGGUCAGGAAACGAGAAGAGCGUGGGCGAGUUUAAAUUUAACUCUUUCCAUCUGAUAAACUGAGACUUGGACUGACACACCGCUGCUUCCCUUUCCUCAACUCAUGCCUUAAUGUAAGGCUUCUAGGGUUGGCUAAACCACAGUUUCUUGUUAUGCCCAACCUUGGAAACUGGUUUUGAGUUUACAGUACACUUUAUGUUCAGAUUGAGACUGUUAUGUCUGAAUUAGGCCUAUUUUUGCACUAUAAAUGUUUAUACCUUUCCUGUACUAAAUUAACUGCUAUGGUUUUUUCUGUCAAAAUUGUAGCAUGACACAAGUGCUAAAAAAUUCUCUUGACUCCAGUUCCCAGGAUUCCUUGGAGGAAGCCAUGCUUGUUUAAAAUGGUAAAAGUGCUGUCCUGGGCUGGGAGGAAGGGCAUGAUAUAAAUCUAAUAAAUAAAUAAAGCAAGCAAGCUGCUUUAAAUAUAUAGUCCGGAUGGAGCCUUAGGCUAAUCUUCUGAAUGCUGUCUGUGGAACAUGCCCUCUGAAGAGCUGCUUGUGAAAUUCACACUUUUUUUGUUUUUAACCUUGUUAAUGUUCAUUGGUUAUUAUAUUUGCUCAGGUGGAGUUCCUUGACGUCUCACUAUGGCUUUGAUUAUUUUUGUUGUUUCUGCUGUGUGUGUGUGUGUGUUUGAAUUGUCUCAAAGUUUGAAAGAGAUUCUUAAAAUAAUUUAAUAAAAUUCCAACGGAAAAUAAAAUAAGAAAUGGCUACAGAAUGUUUUUGUUCUCCAAGUCAGACAUUUAUUAAGGCCUUAGAUUUAUUAGAUUCAGGGGAACUUCUGCAAAUGGAAAAGGGUCAAGGAGGUGAACAUUUGUCAAAAUAAAGAUAUUGCUUAAAACAUUAUUUUUGUUCUUCAGUAUUCCAUUAGAUUGUGACUUGACCAUUUUUUGAAAAAUUGUAAAUAAAAUAUGUUUUCAGCCGUGGGCAAGCUGCAUAGUCCCAAGGAGCUCAGU